UAGCCUGCUUGAUGGAAUACCCCCCAGGUUUGAACACUGUUGUUAUAUUGUUGCAGCAGCAUAAUGGAGACAACAUCAUCGCACUGCGGUGACAUCACUGGGGGUGGAGCCGACAAGAAAUCAAACCAAUCAGAGAGCAUCUUGACUCAGCCAACGGCCAAUGGGAUGCUACCACAUCAGAAGACAGAGGAGGCCCCACCCCCUCUCUCUGACAGGUCAGAGGAUGGUGACCUCAGUGAUGACUCAGUGACAGGCUCCUCCUCCUCCACCAAUGACAUCGCUCCACUGCUGCCGCAGCCCCCUGCUGCUGGACAGCGCAAACACACAGGUGUGGACACAUCAUCAGAGGCUACCGCCCCCGUUUGUGCUCCGCCCCCUCUUCAGUCGUCCUCCUGUCAUCAUCAUCAUCAUCAGAGCACCAAUCAGAAGCGUCUCUCCUCCUCUAAAGGCCCCGCCUCCUUAAAGACCGACGCUGCUCACAUCAAAGAAGUUGCUGGAGAUGACUGUUGUGUCCACUGUCUCCUGGCCUGUCUCUUCUGUGAGCUGCUGUCCAUGUGCUCGGCCGUGGGGGAGUGUCUGGCGUGUGCAGUGGGCGGGGUCAGCUGCUGUGACGCUGCUGUUGGCUGCUGUAGCUGCUGUGUGGAGGCGGCUUGUACAGAGGAGGCGUGUCAGGCCGUGUUGGAUUGUGGGAUACUGCAGGACUGCUGCGGAUCGUCCGACUGUCUGGACAUUUGUCUGGAAUGUUGCUCCAUCUGCUUCCCCUCAUGAAGCGGCCAAUCAGAGCGGAGCGUCAGGAUGACAUCAUCGCCUCACUGUGGAUGUUAAUUUAUCAGAUUAUUAUCGUGUAACUGCUGCUGUAAACAGCGUUAUAGGCGGGGCUUAACUUGAGAUAUGCUGAAGUAAGCUAACAGCUGCUAACAUGCUAACAGUUGUUGAUGUUUGCUGGGAUUUAGCCUCAUAGACACAGUUCAGGGUUAAAAGUCUGCGUCAGUUUAAGUCUACAAUGCCUUUAAAACACGUUCAAGUCUUUAUCUCAC